UUUUAAUCAUGAAUUCUAAUAUUUUAACCAGUGCGAAUGACGGUACUUCUAGUAUAUUUUGUGAGUUGCAUGGAUCGAUAAUUUAUACUUUACGAAAGAAUCUACGUCUUAGGGCUAAACCAUUUCAGAGGACUUAUGAACCUCUUCGGAGGGCGAAACAACCUCUUCGGAGGGCAAAACAACCUCUUCGGAGGGCAAAUCAAUCUCUUUGGAGAACAAUUGAACAAUCUCUUCGGAGAUCAAUGCAAUUAGAAUCUCAGAAACGUAAGCUUUUACAUUCAAGACCUGUCCACAGUAGUUGUAUUAAAUGUAUAAAUUCAGAUCGCUGUGUGUGUAAAUGUAAUUAUCGAUUUUCUGUGAGAUCUUGUGCAAGAAAAUUAAGUCAACCAAAUAUGAAACGAUUUAGAAGAGAUCGCGAGCCUUCUAGAUUACCUUUGAAGCGAAUAAUAUUAGCUAUGAGAAAGAGGAAAAAUAGACCACUUCUAAAGCGUUACUUGCUAAUGUCUGCACCCAAGUCUUCUACUUUAAACAAACUAGUGGGCAAUUUCAAGGAAUAUUGUUUUCAAUUUAUGCAUACGCAACAUACAUUUCUUCAGUCAUUUGCAUAUAUUAGACCAUCCGUUAAUUUAGUUCAGAGAAAGCAUAAAAUUAGAAAACAUUCUUUAUGCAAUCAAUCAAUAAACAAAAAUAGCAGUUUUCUCUGUCAGUAUAACAUAUGUGAAAAUAAACUGUUGUUGUCAGGAGAUAUUGAAUUAAAUCCUGGUCCUGUUAAAAAUACCAACAUUGUUCUGCCAUCAAAUAUAGUGUUAGCACAAAGGCUAAGACGCUAUCAGUUAAUACCAUGUGAUGUUGGUGGGGGUGGCGACUGUUUCUUUCGAGCGGUGUCUCAUCAGUUAUAUGGUGACCCUGAGCGCCAUUUAGAAGUUAGAGCAGUCGGUAUUGCAUAUUUGCGAGACAAUCCUCAGAGAUUCAUUGAAAGUAAUACUGAAAACUCCUUGUUAGAUUAUCUCAAUACUAUGUUUUUUUAAACAGAAUAGCUAUAUAUAGCUACCUAUAAAUUUGCCAAAUGAUGAUAAAUUGUUUGGGCCAAAUGAUCAUAAAAUGAUCAUAAAAUGAUCAUAAAAUGAUCAUAAAAUGAUCAUAAAUCAUUUGGAAAAAUGUAGUUUUUCCUUCAAUAAUGCUGGUGGUAUAACUAAAACCCUGUCUUUCGAUUUUUUACGUGAUGAGCAACAUGCAGUCCGCCCGUGCAAAUUCUACUAGGACUUGACUACAUACAUGGAAACCUUAUAGUCCGAGUACGCCAAAAAUAGCACGAGUGCUGGGUAACACUGUUGCGACAUAAUCAAGAUGAGACGUUUGUCAUGUGUCAAGUCGUGUAUUUAUUUGACGACCUCUAGUUGUCUAUAUUGCUUGAUGAAUUGUUGGCUUGUAAGGCGUCAGUGAAGUGCCAGUUUGAAUGUCAUGGGAAGAAUAUUAAAGUCUCGCUAUUCACAGCCGAAUGUUUUAUGCAAUGUUUUCCAGCACGGAAUUUGGUUUCAUUGAAAGGCUCAACAGUGGCCGGUAAGUAAGAUCAUGCAGUCUUUUGUAGGCCGAAAUUAGCGUGAUAAUUGUGGAGGGGAUGCGUAUUCAUACAUUCUCUUGUGCCCAACGGAUUUCUUAAUCUGUCGGACAGUCGGACAGAUUGGUAGAAUGAAAAUAUAUGCUUCCCCCUUAAUUUUCGAAUCUAAUUUCGGUCCUGCUUUUGUCAAUAUAAAGUAGCCACGUUUGAGAUCUACAUAAUUUGUUUCGAACAUUUUGUAAAUUUGAAAGCUUAGUUUGUAUCUAUAAUCUAUUAUCGCAUGCAGUCCUCUAUAGAAAGUUCAUACCUCGCACGAUUGUCUAUGCAUGCAUGCAGUAGAGAUAAAGUUUCAUAUGGGGUGUUGAAAAUUGAUAAAGUGGAUUAACUCAUAAGAAUGUGAAUAUAAUAGUAUCA